AUGCAAAAGCUCGUUGCUGUUGAGUUGGUUUCUUCUAGGCAACACAUCCCAGUCCAAGGCGUCGGCUGCAACUAUCCUAGCAAAGCCUUCGGUUUGGCUGGAGCUGUCAACGAUGCUUUCCUGAUCGCGGAAACCUUGCAGGCACAUCUGGGCUUCCGACACGAGAAUGUGUGCGUUCUGCACGACGUCUAUCCUGGUCAGAAGAAGUCCUUGAAGGUGGAGCCAGCCAAAUGUCCAACCCGGGUAAACAUUUUGCAUCAGCUACACCAGAUGGUUCGCGCCACAAAUCCGGGAGACCUGCUCUUCUUUUCUUUUUCCGGAUAUGGCCUGCAGGUGGAUGAUAUGGAUGGCUAUGCGGAUGAGGGCCUCGAAGAGGCCAUUCUUCCAACCGACUUUGUUGAUGGUCGAGAUGGCGAUUAUAGCGUCAUUUGCACGAACGACCUUCAUGAUGUCUUGCUGGGCAUUCCUGCAAAUGCUAUUGUGAUGGCCGUGAUGGACUGCGACCAUGCCACCACAUUGAUAGAUGUAAGUGGCACCAUCGAUGGCUCUCUGAUCAGUGGCCUCAAGUUCAGUGACUUUUGCGGCCUCAAGGCACAUUCGUCAAAGAUGAAUCUGGCCAGCCACAAUCGCGAUGUUUGGCAGGAGGAGAAAGCUCGAUCCUUCAAAGCUCGUCCACGGUUUCAGCCCGUCAUGGAAAUUGAAAACCCGCGAAAAGGAAGGCUGCCAACAAGACCCGCCAUGUCGCGGUCUUCUGCUAUAGCCUUUUGCUAUGCCGCUGCCGGUCACGGCCAAACCGCCAUGGAAAUGCAAAUGACCAUGCCUGGCACUGAUGGGCAAGACCAAAUCACCAAGCAGCAUGGCGUCCUGUCAUGGUGCUUCACCAAGGCUCUGGAAGCGCUGAAUUGGUCCUGCAGUUACUUCGAGCUCUGGGAGGAGAUCCGGCGCCAGAUGGCCGUUGUUCAAAAGAACGGAUUGCCACGAAUGGAUCAGGAGGUGUUGUUGACCUUCUCUCCUCCGCUGUCCAAACCUAGGACGAUGAAAGCUUUCCAGCCGAUCGAUACAGAGCAAGAAGAACAAAGCGCAUUGAAUCAAAGCAUGCGUAUCGCUGCGCCGGCUGUGGUACCACCACCCCCACCAGGAUUCAUUACAGGCAGUGGAAGCAACGGUGCUGGAUGCAGCUCAUCGCGACCACCGUCAGAUGAUUUCCCUCCUCCGGCUCAGCCAGCCAGAACACCGCAAAGGUGCAUGUCCGAGCUUGUGCACCACAACGUGGAGGGCCGCGAGGGCUCCUUCCGAGUUCAUGGAACCAGUUACGCUCCGCAGCCUCGUCCUGAAGCAUACCAUCAGCCCCCCCCGAGUCGGGACCAUUCCGCUCCCGACGUUUUCGGGAUCCCACCCACGGUUCCAGUUUACAGGCAAGAAAGGCAUCUGCCUCCUCCGCCGCCGCCUUUCCAGAGUUCAACUUCGGCGCCUUCGGCGCCGACGCCUCAUCUUCUACCAUCGCCUGUGGAAAGCAGACCCACAGCUGACGUUGCCGGCUGGCCAUCCCCCCAAUCCCCCGUUCAACGGCGUUAUCCUGGGCAAGCACCGAUUGAGCAGCCCGGUGUGGUCAAAGGCCUUACACCGCCGAACCUCUUCGGUGGGGGGGGCUUGCCUUCUUUGAGCUUCAAUGUGCCUGGGUAUGGCACGUUGGCCCCAAAGGCGAAGGAAAGCCAACCUCCAGCACGGAUGCCCUGGACAGCCCCUCUGUUCAGUAAAUAG